AUUUUUCACAAAAUCCUCAAUCCUCAUAUUAUGCAAUGAGAUUCGAAAUGAGUGUUUCAGGUGUCAGAUUUUUCAAAUGAUGGCAGCAACCCGACAAGCACUAUGCGCCCAAGUAUCGUCGGUCACGUCGUCCACUUUGAUGAGCGUGCGAUAGGAGCUAGUGUGGGGACUCGCUCCACGAGGUGGCUCCAUCUCAAGGGGUCUCCGAGGAUAAAAAAGCGCCAAGACGACACGCCAGUAUUUCUGUGGCAUUUUUCAGUCUCAUGUUUAGGGUGAUACGUCGCAUUUUUCGCAGUAUUGUGAACCGGAAAUUCACGAAACUGACAGCAAUGACUGAUACUGUAUUUCCUACAUCGCUGAAAGGUUUUGGAUACGCUUUUGACGAAGGCGGGAAACUUCGAAAGCUUGAUCAAAGUACCGGCCUCACUACUGACGAUGGAUUCGAGUUUAACGUCACUGAAGACCAUGCUUACAAUCAAAAACGAUACGAAGCUCUCGGCCAGGUAAUUGAUUUGCACAUCUACGAUCUCCUAGAGAAAGAAGGUCUGAAAAAAUUGUUCGUGCCGAAGGAGGCGCCUUCAAAGGCACCAGAACUGAAGUCGUUCAUAUUCGUUAGCGAAGACGCAUUGCUGAAUGACAAGCUUGUGAUAUUGAUACAUGGCAGCGGAGUUGUCAGAGCCGGUCAAUGGGCAAGGCGAUUAAUUAUAAACGACAAUCUAGAGACCGGCACACAAUUGCCUUACAUAAGAAAAGCACGAGAGCUUGGAUACGCGGUGAUGGUUCUCAACACAAACGACAAUUUCCGUACCGUAAACGGAAAGCCGACUGAAAUACCGGGUAGCAAGGAUCCUCAUAGUCACGUCGAUACCGUCUGGAAGCAGUACAUAGAGCCCUCGAAUGCGAAGCACGUAGCAAUCGUUGCGCACAGUUACGGUGGCGUUUGCGUCGUUAAAUUGGCGGUAGACCAUUCGGAAGAAUUUCGUCGCAGAGUAUUUGCCGUCGGGCUAACCGAUUCUGUGCACACGAUUCCUGCAGCAAAGAACACGAAACACAUUUUGAAGGUGGCGCGAAAUUGGGUAUCCUCGGAGAAGCCCCUGGACACCCCGGAGCGCACGCCUGACGGUGACAUCGAACGGCGUUCUGCGGGACAUCCGACCCACGAGAUGACGUCGUACUCCUGCAUGGAGUCCCUUUUCCAAUUCGUAGAGGAGAGAUUCAACGAGGCGAGAGGAAAAUCCGAUCUCUAAACGAUUCAAAAUCUCCAGUUUUACAUGUUUUUUUUAUUUUUUACUACAAUGUUGUGCGUAUUUUGUACUUAUAUCAAUAAUCGUGACAACAAUUCACACACGUGUCUGUGGGAUUUUGAUAGCAUCUGGAUUCGACGAAACAUUUAACAAAUUCAUGAGCAAAUAUUUUUUCAAAAGUGAGGAAAAUUGACGAAAAUACUUAGUUGUGGAAAAAUAAUAGAAAAACUCUAUUCAUUUUCGUGCAGAUUCCUUUCUUUACCAUCGUUACCGACACAGAUGAGGGCAUGGAGAGAAAUAUCAACUGUGUACUCAACUCAACGGCGAAACUUAGUGGUAACACAAAACAGUCCUGCCAUCGUGCAAGCGUCAAAACGUAAUUUUGUUAUGGGGUUGUAAUUGUAUUACCGACGUUCUAGGCCGGCGCAAAUUAUAGUGUCAAUGUAACGACAACGGGGUUGAUGUAACGCAAUAAUAAAAUGAUCGCCAAUGCCGGUGACAAUAACCUUCCGAAAAACAGACCGACUCUGUUCGUUAAAUUAGUUAUACGUAUAGUGAUAAACAUCCGCAUGUGACUUGCGAGGAUUUAAUUAUCUAUAAAAAUUGUUACGUACAUGCAAUAUUUAUCUCUAUAUGGAAUCGACAUUUUUUCCCAAAUCGUUUUUAAAUGAUGAGUGAUAACAAAGGAACAAAAAUUUAUAAUUGAAAUCGAAAUAAGAUAAAA